AUGGUCCACGUAGGCCCACCAGCACCACUUGGCAACCACAGCUCUCCACAUUUCAACAUCAGCCACAUCACAGAGAAGCUUCAAACCAUUAUUUACGAAAACCGUCUUGAUUACUUUUACAACCCAACCCGUCUACAAGCUCUUAUUGCCAAACUGACCACAAUUGACUUCCUAACCCUAUCCCAACAGUGGAAUAUAUCUCAAAGUCUUGUUCCUGAUUUAUGCUCUUUGGCGCUCUACGACAUUGUUUUUUAUGUAGACGACUCGGGGUCCAUGGUGUUUGAGGAAAACGGGGAACGAAUUGACGACCUCAAGUUUAUUCUGGGCAAGGCAGCUCAAGUGGCCACUUUAUUUGACGAUGACGGAGUGCAAAUACGAUUCAUGAAUAGUGAUGUGUAUGGAGAGGGUAUAAGGACAGCUGAGCAUGUACAAAACUUGGUUCAAAGUAUUCGGUUUUCAGGAAUGACUCCUUUGGGCACGUUUUUCAAAGCCAAAGUGCUGGAUCCUAUUGUGGUGGGUCCGGCCAUGUCAGGAUCAUUGAGCAAGCCCGUUCUUGCAGUGAUUGUUACGGAUGGAGAACCUACCAGAGAGCCUCACGAUACGCUACGAACAGUGAUUACUGAAGCGAAGCAGCAGUUGGGACUCACGCCUGGCGGAACAGGAUCUUUGGCUAUUCAGAUUGGACAGGUUGGGACGGAUCUCCGCGCACAAAUGUUUUUAGCCGAGCUGGACAACGAUCCAGUUAUAGGAAAUAUGAUUGAUUGUACAUCAAACUACGAAAUGGAGUCUGCAGAAAUUGCCUCGCAUGGGCAUGAGCUGAGUCCAGAGUUGUGGCUGUUGAAACUGUGUGUGGGUGCGAUUGAUCGAAGCUAUGAUGAUGCAGACUAG